CUCGUCUUCCCCAAACGACGCCACGCAGGUCCCAGCCAGCGCCGCAGUCGCCUCUUCCAGCGAUCGCCGCCCGAGCGCCUUGUGGCCUCGGAUCUCUCCGAGGGGGGUGUCUUGCCGCCAGAGUUACGUAGGGAGGACGCCCUGGCUUUCCCUACUGGAAGGUCCGCCCCGACGCACUGAUACCUCGUCGGCGAUGUCAGCGGCGACGGUGGCUGUGGGAAGCGGCGCUUCCUCCUCCGCUUCCGGGAGCGGGGAUGGGGAGGCAGAGAUCACGUACGUGAGCUACGGCGGGGAGCAGCACCUGCCUCUGGUGAUGUCGCUGGUGGACGCGGAGCUGAGCGAGCCCUACUCCAUCUUCACCUACCGCUACUUCGUCUACCUCUGGCCCCAGCUCACCUUCCUCAUUGCGCAGGCGUUCGAUUCCAAGGAGGGCAAAUGCGUGGGGACGGUGGUGUGCAAGAUGGGGGAGCACAGGGGCGCCUUCAGGGGGUACAUCGCCAUGCUCGUCGUCCUAAAGCCCUAUCGAGGCAGGGGAAUAGCAACUGAACUGGUUACUAGAUCGAUUCGGGUAAUGAUGGAAUCUGGCUGUGAGGAGGUGACACUUGAAGCAGAAGUUACAAAUAAGGGUGCCCUCGCUCUGUAUGGUCGCCUGGGGUUCAUCCGAGCAAAGAGGCUGUACAGAUACUAUCUGAAUGGUGUGGAUGCUUUUCGCUUGAAACUGUUGUUUCCUCGCCCUGACCCAAGCCUGCCUCCGAUGAUGAGCGGCAGCGAUAGGGAUGACCAGCAGAUGGAUUCGCCCUACUUGUAAUAAUACCUUAUCAAUAGGUAGAAUGAUUGGAAACUUGGAAUGCAAUCAUUUUUUGUUCUUUCCUGUUUCAUGCUGUCAUAGUUCGCAUGUAAUGAUGUAACUUGUGACAUUGUUGUGUUUAAAAAAAACUUGUGUGGCAUGUAAUGAUAGAGAGAGAGAGAUUAUUAUGCCAUACUCUGAAGCUUCGUUAGGACAUUAGUCUGCCAAAGCUGAUUUUCUGCUAACAGUUUAAUAUAUUUACAUAAGCUUAUACUGUUUGACAGCAA